AACAAGCAGCAAGGUCGAGCUGGACUGGGAGGCUCUCAUGGAGAUCAACAAGAAAGAGGAUAAAGGAGAAGAUGACACCACAGGCCCUGAGGGGGAGAUGACAAAGGAGGAUGUUUCAGAGCCUGUUGAGGGAGACACCGUCCUGGGCUGCCACACUAGACUCUCUUCCCAUCAGCGGCCGGUUAUCCACCAGGUGGCCUCUGCUCCCAUGCCCAGUGACUAUGAGUUCUCCUUCUUUGACCCCAGUGAGCUACAGUGCAGGGAGGUUCUUCUGGAUCCCAGCACCACAAUACCAGAGCUGUUCGCUGUUCUCAGGCAGUGGGUGCCCCAGGUUCAGAAGAACAUCGACCUUAUUGGCAAUGAGAUCCUAAAGAGAGGCUGCGGUGUGAAUGAUCGUGACGGACUGACAGAUAUGAGCCUCCUGCACUACUGCUGCAAGGCUGGGGCCCCGGGCAUCGGUGAUGCAGACACCGCAGCCAGCUUUGCCCGCCAGCUCCUUAGCCUGGGCGCUGAUCCUAACCUUCGCUCACGGUGGACUAACAUGAGGGCCCUGCACUACGCUGCGUACUUCGACGUGCCCCAGCUUAUCCAGGUGGUGUUGCAGGCCUCCCAGCCUGGAGAGGUAGAUGCCACCUGCAGUGACUUCGAUUUUGGCACCGCCCUGCAUAUUGCUGCUUCCAACCUGUGCACAUCAGCUGUCAAAUGUCUCUUGGAGCUGGGAGCCAACCCUUCUUUCAGAAAUGAAAAAGGACAGUGUCCAGCCGAUGUGGUCCCUGACCCCCUUGACAUGCCCUUGGAGAUGGCAGAUGCAGCCGCAGUGGCCAAAGAGCUCCGAACUUUGCUGAGACGGGCUUUACCCAGACCCAGCUCCCCUCUGCCCCUCACUCUGCAAGCCCAGUCCCCUCCUGCUCUCUCAGAUAAGGCGAAGAUACAGCUCGCCACAAUGGGAAUCCGUCUAGGUGACCGCGUAGUGAUAGCUGGACAGAAGGUUGGAACCCUACGAUUCUGUGGCAGCACUGAGUUCUCUGGAGGCCUCUGGGCUGGAGUGGAGCUGGACAAACCAGAGGGAAAGAAUGAUGGCUCAGUAGCAGGGGUUCAGUAUUUUACCUGUCGAAUCAAACAUGGAAUUUUUGCUCCUCUUUCCAAGAUAAGCAAACCUUUGGAAAGACAUAAAUCCAGCACCACAAAGAUGCCUACACCCAUACGGCCUCCUCGUCGCAUUGACCUGUCCCGUAUCACCUCCAAGAUAAACACAGGUUUGUCUCCAUCUGUCAAAAAACCUAUUGAUAAUCAAAAAAGUCCACCUGGUCCUAAUCAGGCCACAAAAGGAAACACCUCAGUGACAAAGACAGGUGUUCUCUCCCGCUCUCUCUCCUCUUCAUCCUCUUCACUGGACUCUCGGCACGGGCCAGGUGCCCGACCUCAUCCUCUGCCAAGACAGCGCCUUCCUGCCAGGCAGAGAAAGGAGCGUGUCGCCCUGAGUCCCAGGACAACACCCUCACCAGCCCUCCGUUCUUACUCUGGCACCACCGUACUUGCUGCUUCAGGUGUUCGGAGCCGUACCCCCUCAGCUAGUAGCUCUGUGUGUGAGGGCCCUGAGGUGCGUCUAGGGGAAAGGGUGCUGGUCGUAGGCCAGAGAACUGGUGUAGUCCAAUUUUAUGGAAAGACCAGCUUUGCUCCAGGGCUCUGGUUGGGUAUUGAACUGGACAAGCCAAGUGGUAAGAAUGAUGGAUCAGUGGGUGGAGUGAGGUACUUCAGCUGCCCACCAAAACAUGGCGUCUUUGCUCCUCCAUCUCGUGUUCAAAGGAUCCAUGGAUCAGUCGAUUGCCUUUCAGAGCUCUCCUCUGCACGCCUCAGUCAUCCUUUAAGCGGGACAAUCCGUCGCAGUUUCAGCACAUCAUCGGCCAUCGCCACUCCAAAGGAGACAAGCAGGAGAAGUCCUGUUACCAGGAGUCGUUCCACUCCUCACCGACGUCGCUGGAGCACUCUCAGUGGAGGCAGUGGCACCGCUCCUGGGAACACGGCAGGGUCCACCCCCCUGGCGAGCUCUGACGGACAGGUCCGUCUCCAUGUGGGCAUGCAGGUCCUGCUGAACAGUGCCAAUGAGAUGGCGUUCAUCCGUUACUUGGGCACAGCGGACUUUGCCCCGGGCCUGUGGCUGGGUCUGGAGCUCCGAAGCCCCAAGGGCAAGAAUGACGGCUCUGUGGGAGGCCGCCGCUACUUCACCUGUCGACCUGGCCAUGGUGUGCUGGUCCGUCCCAGCCGCGUCACCUACCGCGGCAUCAAUGGGUCACGCUUGGUGAAUGAAAGCAGCUGAGGACUGAGAAGAGAGAUUAGUUCGGAAGACUUUCUGUUUAUGUUCUGCUCAAAGCAAGUUUUAACUUCCUGUUCGUUUUUGAAUUGAGCAUUAUUGAUUUUCCUCUAUACUCUUCAGAAGUGGUGUGAAUUACAGUAAUAAAACCACUUAAUAAUAGUUCAACUUUAAAUUACUAGAAGAUCUUGGAGAAAUGUAGGAGGAAAAGAAAGCACUUUACAAAAUUAACUUUCAGUUCCUAGAAUUUGUCUCUACAGGAUGUGGAGGGAAUGUCUUAAUAAGACAUAAGACGCUGCACUACUUUUAAUCUGAUUGCACUGACAAACAUCAACAUGAUAGAUCAGACUAUGAUAAAACAAACGGUAUGGAUGUGCAUACAUCAAAAACUAUUUCUGUACCCAAAGCUAAUUUUGAUCUCAUCAAGUAGAGAUUUUUAUCACAUAAUUUAGAUGAUGAUGUAGCCUCUCUAACCAAAAGUCUCUGUGUGUUUGUGAUUAUGUGCGCGUGUGCAUGUGCAUGUGUGUAUUAAUUAAGAGCACUUUGAAACAAGACAGAUUGAUUGAUUUUUCCAGGGGCAUCACAUGGCUUACAGAUAAUUGAUGGAAGUUGCAUCAAAAGUGCAUUUUCAGUUUAUGAAUUAAGCAGGAUUUAAUUAAGCCUAGACCUCCAUCAACCUCCAUCAGAAUACAACCACAUCAACAGAGGUUGUUUCCUCCUACAUACAUCAGUAUAUCAGUAUCUGCCACAGACUGUCCAUUAACCAUACGCAGAUAAAUGAUGGUUAUAUUGUGCUAUGGGCUGCAAAAAUCCCACCUGUCUGCCCUAUUGGCUCUGAUUCCAUCCUUCUUUGCCAGACUGAUGACAUUGUUUUGGCAGUGGUGACAUUUAGUUACAGUCUAUUAAAUAAUACAGCAUAGGUUGCUUUGAUAAAUACAUUAAAUUCAGCUGGGAAAACACUUGAUAGUGAAAAGCUUGAUUAUAAACCUGAUUUGUCCCCAUGAUUGAUUUGUGUUAGGAUUGAGAAUUUAAACUUUGGUCCCACUGACUGAGCGUUAGACCUGUCAGAGAGUCACUAUUACACACAUUUUAGAGUUUUACAGCCUGAAUUAGGAAAAAGUUGAAGGUAAUUCUAUAUUUUGAACUUUGAAAAAUACAAAUGUCACUUGUUAGAUGUGCAAGGUUUCAGAGAUGAUCAGGAAUGUGUGUGUGUCCCUAGCUUUGGUAUUAGACAAACAAAAGCAGCUUGACACAGGAAAUAUGCGAUCAUCCAGAAGUUUCAAGGACAGAGUUUGCUAUUUGAUUAGAGCUGUCUGGACAACUCAGCAGAGAACAGGCCAUCGAUUGUGCAUGUGGAAAACGGGCCCCACUAUUCAGUAAAACACUCAUGUACCAUCCAAUUAGGGUGUGUAGGGCACAACAGUAGCUGAAGAAUCUCCAAUGGCUUUCUCUCAUUGAUCUGUCUGGUCAGGCCCCCUGUGAUUGAAAAGCAGUGGUGGUCAGAGCCCACGGUUGUCUGAAAUAUCUGCCACAGAGCUAACAGAUGAAACCAGUGUGUUUUAAAAGUGCAGUCUUUCUGGAUUCUUGUUAAACAUUUUAAUCAACACUUUCUUCUUUGAAAAUAGCUUCUCAUUUGCAUUAAGGCCAUCUCUGUGAUCAUUUCUGUGGCAUUAGUAAGUAGGAAACUAACAAAUUCCAGAUCUCAUCUAUAGACAUACUUGCAUACUUUGUAUCUGCACCUCACUGUACUACAGGGUGAGUGAUUUCAAAUUCCACUGAUGGGUAUGAAAGUGUUUUGGCACUGUGUUUGUUUGGGUAAUAGUGGGUAUACUGUUUCUUUUUUUUGGGGGGGGGGGUUGUUUUUUUCCCAUGAAAUUCCUGAUAUGUAUAAGUGUGCGUGUGUGAGAGAGGGGAUUUGGUCUGAUGCAUUUACAUGUUGUGGAAAAUAACAACAUUUGCAAAAAAUAAAGUUUAAGAUUCUAUUCUAAUUUGA